UCACGACAUGUUGUUGUCACUUCCGGGUAAAGUAGCAUUGAGCUAAUCCGGAACUGAAGUGAAUAAAAGUGUAGAUCAUAAACCUGUUAUGCCACUACUGUAGAAAGUAGACGGCGGUGUUGAUCUCUGGGGGAGAAUCAUGGUCUCCACAGAUUUUCCUGCAGUGAUCCAGAGGUUCUACCAUCUUCAGUCUGAGAGGGUGGAGACAUACCGUCUCUUUGAGGAGGGACACGAGGCCUACCUUAAGACGGGGCCCCAUUAUGACUUUGAGCACUACAAGCAGCUGGUCCAUGAGAUCACACAGGCCUUCAGCGGCAUUUCCAAGGAGCUUCUGGAGAUCAAGGACCGGCUACUCCACCAGUUUGACCGAGCAGAUCUUUCUGAGCACAUAGAGAGGCUACAGAGCAAAGAGAAGGAGAAACUUCAGCUGACCGCCGAGCUGCAGCUCCUGAGGCAGCGCGCCCAGGAUCACCCGGAGGACGACGGCUGUCAGGACCAGAUCCAGGAGAUCAAGCACAGGAUCAUCAAGAACAGAGAAGCUCUGAGUGACAUCAUGCAGGACUUUAAGUACGAUUCAGAGGAGAGCGGAUGACGACCGACCGACCAGAAACCUGCAGGAGGCUCCCCAUCCCUACACCUGAUGAUCUGCUGAAGCUCCUCCCCCUCCCUGCUUCUCUACACAUAGCUCCUCCCUCUCUCUGCAAAUCUAUAAGAGCUCCUCCUACUGUCACUGAAACUAUGAAAAAAAAAAAACACCAGACAUGUUUGUUCUCUUAUGACAUGAACAGUUUGUAACUUAAAAUAUUUUUUUGGUUUACUUUAAUUGUAUUUUAAAAUAGAAAAAAAUCUUUGUUUUUUUUCAGAAUAAAAGCCUGAUAAACAACUCAAUACUUUGAGGUUUAUCAAAAUACUAA